GAAUUCACCUGUUUCGGGGCGUGGCCAGAGACGGGCUCAGUAUCAGCCACGUCCAUAAGAGGUCUGUAGUUCUGCGAUCAGAGUGCAACAACGAUUACCUGGUUUUAGGUCAAGGUGGAAAUACAGGUCACAGGUUCGUUUAUUUUCCAGCUACAUUGGACUUUUCUCUUUUAAAUUUUUUGUGGUUUGUCGACGUUUGCGUUGGUGUUCCGGAGCCGGAGGAUUCGUUUUUUUUUUUUUUGUCUCCAUUAUCACAAUGCGGGGACUACUUGCCGCAGUCCUCCUACUGUCCAUUCUGAAAGACUCAGCUUGUAUCCAAGUGAAUGUACCCGAGACACAGCGGUCCACCGCUCUGUUUGGCUCAGUGAUCCUCCGCUGUGACUACUCCACCUCGGCAAACCUCCAAGAGGUUCUCGUCACAUGGAGGUACAAGUCCUUCUGCAAGGAUCCUGUGCUGGAGUACUACUCCACAGCUUACCAGUCUGCGCUGCAGCUGGGACAGGACCCGGCGAAUGACUGUCCUGACCGUCAGCGGACGGUGCGAACCGUAAUCCAGAAGAGAGGAAGCAGUGAGCCGACUCUGGGAACUGAAUAUCGGGAGCGAAAGAUCACCAUCCAAAAUAAGGCAGACUUGGUGAUUAAUGAGGUGAUGUGGAUGGACAACGGGGUUUACUUCUGUGCUGUGGAUGCUCCCGGAGACACCACCGGUGACUCAGACAAAGAAAUCAAGCUCAUCGUCUACCACUGGCUCACCGUGUUGUUCAUUGUCAUCGGUGCCCUCCUCCUGCUCAUGCUCAUCUUUAUCUGCUGCUGCCAGUGCUGCCCGCAGAUUUGCUGCUGCUAUGUCCGCUGUCCAUGCUGCCCACAGAAAUGCUGCUGCCCUGAAAAAGCUGUCAUGCAACAUCGCAUGAUGAAGGAUGCUCAAAGGGCCAUGUCUCCUUGGAUGAAUGGACAGCCAGUAUAUGCACCAAUGAGCCAAGUCCCCUCACAGAUGAACCCAUCCCUCUAUGCAGGAUCUGUGAAGAGCAUCCCGAUGAAGCCAAUGCCUCUGCCUCCCCCUCAGUCUACAAAUUACAGCAUGCCCCCUCCCAGCGUCCAAAGCAACCACAAUUCUGCCAAUACCAAUCAGAUGCUCGACUACCUGGAGAGGCAGGUGCGGGGGAUGGAUGUAACAAGUCCUCUUCUACAGUCCGCACCACCCUCCCACAUGCAGCAGAUGCCACCUCCUCCCCAGCACAUGUCCGUCCCAUUUUCUCCUGGGCCUCCCAGUAUGAUCUCCGCUCUCGAUGACCAUCCAGUGGAUCGCCGCGUCAUUACACUUCCACCGAUCAGGGAAAAUCAGUCGGGAAGACCCCCAGCGCCAAAAACCCGCCCUCCAAGCUCCAGCGAGAGCAGCCGCAGCGGCUUUGGUCGCCAUGAUGAGCGUGGACCAUCAGGCGGGAGGCGCUACCCCUCGCCGGCCAGAUCUAGAGGCAUUCCCCGGAGCUACAGCGAGGAGUCUCUGGACGGGAGAGGUCGCACCAGAUUAAGGCCGGAAGUGGAUCGUCCUCGCUCCCGUUCCAGGGAUGAUUUGUUUGACAGCAGGUCCAGAGGAAACUACUCUCCUCCAGCAACAAGACGCUCCAGAGGAUCUUGGAGCUCUGAUGAGGCCAGCAGCAGAGGAGCGUCAGGGGGUAGAAGAGGAGGAGGAGGAGGAGGCUGGUCUGACAAACCUCCCAAGUACACAGAGUACGAGCCAGGACAGAAACCAGGACAUCGGAGGAAUGAUCCCUACUCAGAAAGAAGUAACCGCAGCGGCAACAGUGUUGUCAUCUAAGCUGUUCAACAGUGAAACACUUUCUGUCCUCCGGCAAAUGUGCACAACUCAUCUGCUCUGUCUUGUUAUGGGUAAUUUUUUUCAAAAGAAAGAUGGCCCAACUGUUUUAUUAGUGCUUAAAUUGAUGGAAAAAAAGGCCUCAAGAUGGAAAUCUGGUUGAAAGACUCAAAGAAGCCCAUAAAUUGCGAAGAACUGCGACUUUCUGUGAUAUUAUUUUUUUCUGAGUCACACUCCCCUCUGCUGGCUUAUUUGUAUAUUUUAAAAUAUUCUGAGGGGAAGUUGAAGUCAAAGCUUGGUGUUAGAUUGUUAUGUACAGCUCAGGUUUGUUGUGCAGCAGCACAAGUAAGUCUUAGUUGUAAUGAAACAUGAUAUGCUUAUGCAGUUGCAGUCAGUGCCAGUAAACCAACUACAGCUGUUACAUUGACCUGUUUGAACCCUUGAAAAUAUGAAAGACUCUCGUGCUUUUUAUGUCUAAUGUUAUCAUUGUUGUAAAUCUUAUUUUCACAUCCUGGGUGUCUUGGAGUGGACAAAAUUAUUUUCUAAAGUUGUGAAGGAAAUAUGACAUUUGCACUUGGUGCUCACAAAUAAUAAUAAUAAU